CCAGUCGUCCUGGUGGCUCGCAGUCUCCACGGCUCCUCUCUUGUUUGUGUGUGAGAGACACUUUGCAUGAACACUUCACACGACCGGAGAGAUUUUUUUUGUACGGAGGAGUUCGCCCGUCGGUGUCGCGUGGAGAGCGGCGGACACGUCGUGGACACAACCGAGGACGGAGGAGAGAGGACAACCCGACUGUCUUCACUUCCGACCGGCGCUAAAUCUACUUUGAUGCGGCCGCUUAGCUAACAAGCUAACUGGGAAUGUUUUCAACAGAAAAAAACAAAAAAACUAGCCAGGUAGUUAGCAUGCUAGCUAGCCACCUAAGCUAGCUAAAACCGGUUUGUACAAAUUCGCAGUGUGAAUGCACCGAAGCCGGUUUCAAAUGGCACGUGCACUCGUUUCGACGCGUUUCGUCUAAAUAAUCGCAGCUUUUCGUUGAAUGUUUCGGGCUCCGGUGCCCCUCUGGGUUGGCUCACUUUCUCAUCCCGGGGACAAUAGUUAAAGUGUCCAGGCAACAAGUCUGCUAACACGCCGCAAACUCAAGUUUGUGCCCAAUCAUGUGCAAGUGUUGUUAUCGGUGACGACGAUGCCCCGGUUAGAUAUGAAGUCAUAUAACUGUGUUGGGUCGAACAUGCACAGCAGAGGGAAGGAGGGCUGUUUUGUAGACUGGUAGUAGGUUGCCACAUUGUGUGCCCACGUUGAAGUGGACCGGGUCACGCUGUUGUGUCGAAAGAACCCGUUGUCAGUUGAUCGAUACCGAGCCACGGACGAGGAGACGAGCUGGAUGAACAUUACACGUCGCCCACAUGCGUUGGAUCAGCUCCCGGACUCGUGAAAGGCGUCCGCGGCAGAGGGAGGGAGACGUGAGCGCGCAGCCCGGGGGAAGAUGGCGGAGCGUGGCCGCAGGACGCGGUGAGACCGACACCCGGGGACCACUUGGAUUCAUCGCCGCGCGUCUGACCUCCGAUCGCAGGACACAUGCAGGCCAAAAAACGCUACUUAAUUCUCUUCUCCGCCGGCGCGUGUCUCAUCCUGUUGUUCUGUUUCGGCGGGAUACAAGUGCCGCUGUCCAGGCGGGGACCCGGCCGGCGCGAUGACCGCAGCCUCGCCGGUCAUCACCCCGCGGCGCGCUGGCGUCGCCUCCCGGGGCUCCUGCAGCGCUUCAGCUCCCGGGAGCAGGACUGGAGCGACGACCGCGGUGAACACAUGUCCCCCCGGCAGAAGAGGGACGCGAGCACCGGCGUCUACGCAGGAAAACGCUGCAGAAUGGAGUCCUGUUUUGACUUCUCCCUCUGCGAGCGGAAUGGCUUCAAAGUUUACGUCUACCCCCAGCAGAAGGGGGAGAAGAUGUCCGAGAGUUACCAGAACAUUCUGUCCUCGAUCGAAGGCUCCAGGUUUCACACACCGGAACCGGGACAGGCGUGCCUGUUUGUCCUGAGUCUGGACACGCUGGACCGGGACGGGCUUUCUCCCCAGUAUGUGCACAGCCUGAGGGCAAAGAUCCAGGGCCUUCCUCCGUGGAACGGGGGCAAAAACCACAUCAUCUUCAAUUUAUACUCCGGCACCUGGCCGGACUACACGGAAGACCUGGGCUUCGACAUCGGCCUCGCCAUGUUGGCCAAGGCCAGCAUCAGCACGGAGAACUUCCGGCCCAACUUUGACGUUUCCAUACCUCUUUUCUCUAAAGACCACCCCAGGACGGGAGGGCAACGAGGCUACCUGAAACACAAUGCCAUUCCCCCGUAUCGAAAGUACAUGCUUGUUUUCAAGGGGAAGAGGUACCUGACUGGAAUAGGUUCGGACACCAGGAACGCUCUGUACCACGUCCAUAACUCGGAAGACGUGGUCCUCCUCACCACCUGUAAGCAUGGGAAGGACUGGCAGAAGCACAAGGAUGCACGCUGCGAUAGAGACAACGCAGAAUAUGACAAAUAUGACUACAGAGAGAUGCUGUACAACUCCACAUUCUGUCUGGUGCCUCGAGGACGACGGCUGGGUUCCUUUCGCUUCCUGGAGGCUCUGCAGGCAGCUUGUGUUCCCGUGAUGCUGAGUAAUGGCUGGGAGCUUCCCUUCUCGGAGAUCAUUGACUGGAAUACGGCAGCUGUGAUUGGGGAUGAAAGACUGCUAUUACAGAUCCCCUCAACAGUGCGCUCCAUUCACCAGGAUAAGAUCCUGUCCCUGAGACAGCAGACCCAGUUCCUGUGGGAGGCCUACUUCAACUCUGUGGAGAAGAUUGUACUGACCACACUCGAGAUCAUCCAGGACCGGGUGCUGCGGCACACCUCGAGGAGCAACCUCAUGUGGAACAGUCUGCCCGGGGGUCUCUUCACCCUGCCCCAGUACUCUACACACCUGCGAGACUUCCCUUUCUAUUACGCUAAGCUGGGUAUCAAGCCAUCCCCCAAGUUCACGGCGAUCAUCCACGUGGUGACCCCGCUGGUGUCCCAGUCUCAGCCAGUCAUGAAGCUGCUUGUGGCUGUGGCCAAAUCCCAGUACUGUGCUCAGGUGAUAGUUCUGUGGAACUGUGAUAAGCCUCUUCCUGCCAAGUACCGCUGGCCUGCCACCUCGGUCCCUGUCAUUGUCAUAGAAGGGGAAAGCAAGAUGAUAAGCAGUCGUUUCCUGCCCUACGACACCAUCCCCACAGAUGCAGUGCUCAGUCUGGAUGAGGACACGGUGCUCUCCACCACAGAGGUGGACUUUGCCUUGACAGUGUGGCAGAGUUUCCCGGACCGCAUUGUCGGUUACCCAGCCCGCAGCCACUUCUGGGACAGCAACAAGGAGAGGUGGGGCUACACGUCCAAAUGGACCAACGACUACUCCAUGGUGCUGACCGGGGCUGCCAUCUAUCACAAAUACUACCACUACUUGUACACAACUUACCUUCCGGUCAGUCUGAAGUCGAUGGUUGACCAGAUGUCAAACUGCGAGGACAUUCUGAUGAACUUCCUGGUGUCGUCAGUCUCCAAACUACCGCCCAUCAAGGUCACCCAGAAGAAACAGUACAAGGAGACCAUGAUGGGACAGAGCUCCCGGGCGUCUCGCUGGGCUGACCCGGACCAUUUUGCCCAGCGUCAGACCUGCAUGAACAAGUUUGCCAGCUGGUUUGGCACCAUGCCCCUCGUCCACUCUCAGAUGAGGCUGGACCCGGUCCUGUUCAAAGACCAGGUGUCCAUACUGCGGAAGAAGUACAGGGACAUAGAGAGGCUAUAGCGCUCCUGAGCCCCCCCGCUCACUGGAGACAUUAAAGGAAGGGCGAGGGGGCAGACGCAUGGAGAAAUGCAAAGCCGUUCCAUGAUUGCAUGGAUGGAUCAAUGGAGAAGCAAAUGGGAUUGGGUGGAGAGAGAUCUACUUGUCUCCUCCAUUAGGUCAUUUGUAUUUCCUCUUUUUCGCCUCUCUUCUUUUUCUCUGGUGUGUAUUGGAGGACAGCUGAGCACACGGGUCCCACUAUAUUCACUAUCGCCACCAACAGCCGAAGGACACGUGAGGACUUUUAAAGUGUUUGACUUUGAACCGAAGUGGUCUAAUUGGUGGAGUUGUAAAUCCCAACAGCGGCAAACCCACUCCCAACUCAACCCCCGCUGAUCAAGACGGACUGUUCUGCACACAAUGCACCGGUUCCUGAACGUUGUUUUUUUUUGCUGACAGAAUAUUAUUAAUAAUAAUAAUGACUAUGAAGAGGAUAACACUAUAUUUGGAUGGUGUUUUGCUAUUUUUUUUUAUACAGUGAAUGAAUGGCCAGCACUAUUCUCUCUAUUGUCUUAACUGAAAAAAAUCAAUAGCAGGGUGGUUUUUAAAAGGAGCAAUGACACAAUCCCUCAACAGUCACUGAUCUGAUUUUCACAGUGCCUCGAGUUCUUUUAACGGCGUUGGGAUGUGGGAGUCUGAGAGAAAAGGCGUGGUGCAGAAUGAGCACCUUGAUCUUUUGCUGUGUUCUGUUGUGUUUUUUGUUUCCAUGGUUUGUGAUUUUCUUUGCGACUGAUGAAAUCAAUGGAUCUUGCAGUAAAUUCUCCAGGUCAGCGUUGAAGUUUUAUUUGCUGAAUGUAUUUUUUAUUCAAUUGAACAAGCUAAAUUGUCAUUAUGUGCCAUUCUCAACUUUUUCCCAUUUAUAAAGGCUCAAACGCCAAACUAGAAUCAGUACUUGAAUAUUUGAUGGCCUGAAGAACAAUAUAGGAUCAUAGUUGUCUUGGUUACAGGAUGGGGGAGCUUCCCAGCUAAGCCAACCAAUGGUCUGUUAAAACACAAACCUCUCUGAAAGCCGGGGAGUGGAUCUUUUUGGGCUUGUUAACAAGAGUUAUUGACAUAGUGUCAUUGUCUCCCUCUCAUAGACCCAAUUUCAUUUUGUCCUGACAAGUACUUGACACACUUUAUAUAGAAGCAUCAAACCGCAAUUGAUUCUGUCAGAUUAAAGAUAGCAUCAUAUAAAGUAGACUACUGUAUUUUCCCCACUUGUUAUAAGCAAAUAUGAGCAGAUCAAGAAUAAUUCUCACUAAGCAUUUUUGAUACAGAUAAAAAAAACAUAGGGAAGAAAUAUGCACCUUUUGGGAAGAUCCUCUAUUAAUUAAGUAUUCUAAUUUUUGGGGAUAUUUAUUUAACAUAAAUUUUCAUUAUUUUUGUUUGAUUUGAUUUUGGUCUUCUAAAUCUGAGACAUCCCAUUGGUUAUAAUGUCUUCAUGCAUUGCGAAGUGUCAGUGCCACAUGCGAUUGGGUCGUUGCAGAUGGAUCAAUAGGCUAAUUGGAAUAAGGAAAUGAUACGUGUUUGUUUCCAUUAUUAGUCACGCUAACUUUCUUUGGUCGUAGAUUAUAUCAUAUCAGAGUAUCUGAAAAAUGUUCAUGUAGUUCAAUGAACCUUGAAUGAGCAUGUGGUUUUAAAAUUGUUGUGCUUCAUUAAGUCAAAGUUCCUCUGUCCAAGAUCAUCUUGGUCAGUUUCACAGUCCUCCACAGACCCCAAUAUGUGCCAUUAGAUCAUUUGUGGUUUUGUUUGUGUAUAUAUAUAUAUAUUUUUCAUCUAAUAUGAGGAAUGCCAUGCAUUCCCAUAUUUAUUUGUUUCAAUAAAGUAUUUUUCUGUUGAUCUUGGACGGUAAGAAAGUGUGUGAGAAAGAGAAGGGAGAAGGAACGGGGCUGUGUGGUGUUUUUCACUUCUGAGAAUGUGCAGCUUGACGGCAAAUAAACAAUCUGUGUAUUAUGUUGCCGUCAGGACGACUUAAUAAUAUCGUGAAGAGAAUCGCAUUUCAGAAAAUGAACUUGGUGCAAUAUUUAAGAAGACCUUUUUAUUUUCUCUUCUCUUCCCCUUGUGUUGUUUCAGAGGGCAGGGGGUUACACAUUGAUGUGCCUUCAAAAGAAGAGUUUCAAUCUGCCUUGUGCAACAAACUGGUCCCCAAUUUCAUUAAAGUCGUUUUUUAUUUUCUUUAUCAAUAGCCAGUAACAUUCUCCCUGUAUGGUGUUGUUUAACACUGGAUCUGAUACUGACAUUCCUGCCUUUUCUGUUAUUGGAACGUUUUUCAAGGUCUCGUUCGACUCGUACUGACACAUGCACUGCCUUGUGUUGUUAUACUUGCGAGGGCCCAACAGCCUCCUCUAGCUGGUUGUCACAGGUGUAGUGAUACAUAUAAUGCACAUAUACAGUAGAAUUCUCACAUACAUGAUGUACACAGUAUUUAUCAGGCAGGAGUUGUCUCGGCUGAAUCGCUGCCUGUUUCCUCAUCCUCUCCUGUAACUGCAGACAGACCUAACCUUGUAGAGAUUGAACAUGGAACGAUAGAGGAAAAAUCACGAUUUUGUAAAAGAAUUUUUUAAAAACGGAAAAAACAACAACAGACAAAUAAAAUGUUUUUUAAAACGG